UUGAGCGUUCAUCGUUUCCAAAGCCCUUAUUCAUUCCUUCUCCGUCGCCCCCAGGCAGCCAUAACCAGAGGCAAUGGCUCCAAAAAGAGGUGUAAAAGCUCCAGUUGUAGCUGCGAAGAAGAAGCCAGAGAAGGUGGUGAACCCGUUGUUCGAGAAGCGUCCGAAGCAGUUUGGGAUCGGAGGAGCGUUGCCACCGAAGAGGGACCUGACUCGCUUCGUGAAAUGGCCGAAGACCGUUCAAAUCCAACGGAAGAAGAGGAUCCUCAAACAGAGGCUCAAGGUUCCACCCGCACUCAACCAGUUCACCAAGACACUCGAUAAAAAUCUCGCGACCAACCUUUUUAAGAUGCUGCUCAAGUACAGGCCCGAAGACAAAGCAGAGAAGAAAGAACGUCUUUUGAAAAGGGCGCAAGCUGAGGCUGAUGGCAAACCCAUUGAAGCUAAGAAGCCUAUCGUUGUUAAAUACGGUCUCAAUCACGUUACCUACCUUAUUGAGCAGAAUAAAGCACAGCUUGUAGUGAUUGCUCAUGACGUUGAUCCAAUUGAGCUGGUAGUCUGGCUUCCAGCAUUGUGCAGGAAGAUGGAGAUUCCUUAUUGCAUUGUUAAGGGCAAAGCACGCCUGGGAUCGAUUGUCCAUAAGAAAACUGCUUCAGUUUUGUGUUUGACGACUGUCAAGAAUGAAGACAAACUGGAGUUCAGUAGAAUCUUGGAGGCUAUAAAGGCCAACUUCAAUGACAAGUUUGAUGAAUACAGAAAGAAGUGGGGUGGUGGGAUCAUGGGUUCCAAAUCCCAAGCCAAGACCAAGGCCAAGGAAAAGCUCCUUGCCAAGGAAGCAGCCCAGAGAAUGUCCUAGAAUUGGUUAUUUUUUCAAGUCUGAGGUUGUCAUUUUUCUAUACUUAUGGGAGCUUAUACAAGUUAAAAUGUUUUAGGUUUCAUUUC